AUGCGGGCUUCUUCGGACAGCGCCCUGUCGGACGAAGCCCGCCCUGGGGGCUCGCGUAGCCCUUCGCCUCCGACAGCGCCGCCGAACAGACGCCGCUUUCUCGGUGCGCACACCGCGACGAAAGGUCGCCGAAACAGACUGUCCCCGCAAGAAGUCGCGUCGCCGCAUGAAGAACCGACGCACAGCAGGCGGCUCCCUCUGGACCGGCCGGAGCCUCGGAGCAGACGUACCUUCACGGACACCGUCGGUUUCCACGGCCAGAGAUCGCUGCUGCGCCGGAACGCCUCGCUCGAGAGCGUCAGGUGGCUGGACCUGCCGUCGUCCGACAUCAGGGGACGAUUCCAGGACAGGCGCACCUCCCCGUGCGGUUCGGGACGGCACCCCCAGCGCGUGAGGCGUUGCUGGCCAUCGGGCCGGGAACGCCGGCAGGACUGCGGGCACGUCCGGAACCGCGAACCACGCCGCUUGGCGCCUAGACUCGCAUUGCAGUUCAGCCGCAGACGCGUGUCCUCCCCGAGCAUCCUGGCGUGGAUGACGACGGUGAUUCGCGUCGAGGAACGCUCCGUGCCCAAGUUGACGCUGUACUCGGCCGUGUUCCCGUGCCUGGUCGUGAUCGCAGCCUUCGAGCUGGCGAUGGCGCGCAAGGUGCGAGCGUACGCUGCUCGCAAGGAGCUCGUCUGCUCGACGGGAGGCUGCCUCGAGCACGCGCGCCGCCUGUUGAGCACGCUGAACGCAUAUGUCGACCCGUGCCAUGGUUUAUAA